AUGGCCGAAUCACCCCGCGAAUUCAUUCCCCCCACAGUCACCCCCGCUAGUUCGACUAUAAAGCUCCCGAAUGCUCAACACAUCGCUGGAGAAACUCGAAACCACCCAUCAACGGUGCGGGACAUCGUGAAAUCCCUACUUUAUCGUAUUACCCCUACAAGAACUCCUGCCGUGAAGAAAGAGGACAAAAAGGAUUUUAAACCGACGGAAACCAUGGAUGCACAGACGCAAGCACCUCUGCAAUUCACAUAUAUCCAAUCGAAGGGUAUUUAUCAUGGCCUCCCUGUUAUUGCGGGGCCAGAUUCUCCCAAGGGACUGACUGCGAUUGUAACGGGAGCCAACGGUAUGUCGGGCAGCCACAUGGUCCGCGUGCUAGCUGAGUCCCCCGAGCGCUGGGCAAAUAUAUACGCCAUGUCACGUCGUGCAGCGGUCGAAGAUGGGAAGUAUGGAAAUGUGACGCAUCUCGAGUUGGACUUCUUGGAAACCUCACCAGAAGAUUUGGCCAAGGCUAUGGUGGAGAAUGGAGUUAAGGCUGACUACAUCUUCUACUACUCGUAUAUCCAGGGGUUGUGCAAUGUGAACGGUGCAUUGCUUUCCAAUUUCCUCAAGGCCCUCAAACUUGCCUCAAUUACGCCCAAGCGCUUCAUGCUCCAAACUGGCGCCAAAAACUACGGUUCACACCUAGGCAGCUCGAAAUCACCACAAGUAGAAUCAGACCCUCGCGUGACAUUAGAACCAAACUUUUACUAUGACCAAGAAGAUCUGCUCUUCCAGUUUUGCAAGGAGACAGGCGUGGAAUGGAACGUCGUUCGUCCCUCAUUCAUGCUUGGCGCUGCAAGGGACGCAGCCAUGAAUCUGGCAUACAGUCUCGGCGUCUUUGCUGCCGUCCAUGCUCAUUUAGGCGAGCCGCUUAUUUUCCCCGGAAAUAUAGCUUCGUUCGAUGUUAUUAGAGAUUUAUCUUCGUCCAAGUUGACUAGCUACCUGGCGGAAUGGGCCGUACUAAAUCCGGAUGCCCGCAACGAGGCAUUCAAUGCUUGCGACUGCAGCGCUGUGACCCCGGGCGCUCUCUGGACCGCGCUUGCAAAGAUCUACAGAACUGGAUAUAAGGCCCCAGAUCCAAAUGCCGAAUAUCAGUGUUUCAUCUUUCCAUUUGACCCUCCUCCCCGCGGAUUCGGGCCUCCCGAAAAGAUGGAAUUCAGGUACAGUUUUGCCGCAUGGUCGUACGACCCAAAGGUCCACGCAGCAUGGCAAGAACUGUCACAGAAACACGGCAUCGCCUAUAACCCGUUUUCCUCGCCGGCUGAUCGCAACCGUAUCUUCGGCCUCACGGAUGCCGCUAUUUUGCCCGGAAUUCCCGUGCAGUUCAGCAUGGACAAAUCCCGAAAAUUCGGUUGGCAUGGUACUGUCGACAGUCUCGCGUCGUUGCGCAGUGUUCUCGAGGAACUUAUUGAGAUGAAAAUGUUACCACCACUACCUUCGACCGCGUAG